AUGGCCGACAGUACUCUGGAGGAACGAUUGCGAGAACACGCAGACUCAUUUGACAGUCUACUGUCACUAAUUCCCGCGAAGCACUAUUAUGGCGAAGAUAACAGUGAUCAAUGGAAGAAGAAGAAACAGACCAAAGAACAAGCCGCCGCCGCGAGAAGAGCUAAACUGGACCCCGACUCUGCGAAAACCGCAAAGGAUGUCAUGGACGAAAGAGUGCGGAAGAGGAAACUCGAGGAGUUGGAGGAACAGGAGGACUCGGAUAUUGAGGGUGUAGAGAAGGAAAAGCCGAAGCAAGGCAUGAAACAACCCCAGGAAAAGAAAACCAAGAAGCAGAAGGUGGAUCAAAAGCAAGGGGAAAAUCAAAACUCUCAAAGUGCAGAGUCUAAGAUAGCUAUCGCCACCGAAAAGUCGAGGCUCAAGCAGGAGCGAAAAAAAGAGAAAAAGGCAAACAAACUCAAAAAGGCCGAAGAAAAAAAGGAGGUCGUGCAGGGUUCAGAUUCUAAAGCAACGAAAAUACCGGCGGCCAACGACGUUGCAAAGUCGAAACAGAAAGUAGUCACUAACAAGCACGCUGAGACUGCUGUGGAUCAUGAGGAGGAGGAACUCGCAGAAGGAGAGAAAAUAAACUUUGAAGCAGAUGGAUUAGAAGGCGAAACUCAAGACUCUACAGCUUCUCCCAGCUCAGCACCACCUUCGCCUACAUUUGAUAAUUCCAAUCAAGAAACAAGUACCAGUACCUCUACAUCUUCCACCAUACCCCCAGCAACUGUUCCGAAACACAUAAAACUCCCAACAAAUCCCGAGCUAUUACAAGCUAGAUUAGCAUCAAAGAUAGAGGCAUUACGAGCCGCUCGCAAAGCCGAUGGCCCUGAUGGAGCGCCAGCACGAAAUCGACAAGAACUGUUGGAGAUACGGAGGAAGAAGGAGGACCAACGGCGCGCGCAUAAGAAGGAGCUACGCCUAAAAGCUAAGAUCGAGGAGGAUGCGCGGCGGGAGGCAGCUUUAGCAUCGGCACGAGACUCACCAGCUUCGAGCAUGAUGAGCCCAUCCAUUCAAUCCCCACCUCAAAAUUUCUCUUUUGGGAGGGUUUCAUUCGCUGAUGGACAGCAACUGGCUGAUGACAUGACGAGUACUCGUGAUGCUCCAAAAAAGCGCGGUCCACAAGACGCAGCGAGUGCGUUAGCAGCCACUGAAAAGAAACGUCUUCGGUUGGCGGGACUGGACGACGAGAAACGAGCUGACAUCGAAGAGAAAGAUCUCUGGCUGAAUGCGAAGAAGAAGGCCCAUGGAGAGAAAGUACGGGACGAUACCUCUCUUCUCAAGAAAACGCUUAAGCGGAAGGAGAAGAUGAAGACGAAGAGCGCGACGGAGUGGAAUACGAGAAAGGAGGGCGUUGCGAAAAGCCAAGCGAUGAAGCAGAAGAAGCGUGAAGAGAAUCUCAAAAAACGACGAGAUGAGAAAGGAGUAAAGGGCAAAAAGGUUAAGAACAAGAAGACCAAGGCGAAAAGUAGGCCGGGGUUUGAAGGGAGUUUUGGAUCAAGUAAAAGGAAAUAA